UCAUCGCAGGUGUUUUCCCGGGCGGCCGGGCGCAGAGUGAUGACGCAAUCCGGGUGCGCCUGUCGUUGGGAUGUAGAGGUUGUGAGUGACCAUUUGCUGCUGAUUGUGUGUUGAAAUGUGUGGGGUUUGUUUGUGUAACGGCUGCAGAGAAAGUGAUCGAUUGAAUAAGGUUUUAACAGAAGAAAAUGCAAAUAGCUACGAAGACAUGGGAUCAGCUUGCAAAAACCUUUGGUGUUUUUAAACAACAGUAUUGAAAAACUGGUGUUAGCACUGGAACACUGCCGUUCCUUACAUUUAUGAUUUUUAAAAUAUUGUUGAACAGUAACUUCCUUCUGCUAUGAAUGAAAGUACAGAGUCAGCUCCUGACCCCAAUAAAGAUGACCUUCCUCUCAUGGCAAAUGUUGGCUCCAUCGUAGUCAGGCACUAUGUGUUGGAUCUGACAGUGAACUUUGAUAGAAAAGUCAUCAGUGGCACCAUUGUUCUGUAUCUAGAAAUCAACAAAACAUACGGAAAAAUAUAUGAUUCUGUGGGAACAGGUUGUUGUCCUUACUCGGAGGAAUUAUUUGAAACUGAGCAACCCGGAUCUUCAUGCAAUUCCACUGCAAGUACUGCUGCUUCUGCAUCUGUGGAUAAGAUAUACAAUCUAUCUAAGCAUAGUGGUGGCAGAGUUACUAAUGUUAACAAUUGUAACCAUGGCAACACAGAAUGGACUAGUGGGAUUUCUGGUAGAAGGGAACACUGCAGUAAUGGGGAUGAUUUUGUCUUGGUGCUGGAUUGUUGUGAUCUUGUGGUGAAUAAGGUAGAAGAAGUGAAUGUCACUGCUACACCGGGUAUUGAGAGACUGAUUGGAAUAGACAUGUCCAUGUCAAAAAAUAAUAUUUAUUCUCAGCAACUGCAGAAUGAUGUGCAGAGUAGGAUUCUGGAUGCUAUUCUUGGUUUAGGAGCAGAAUGCUGGCAGGAACAACAUUGUUACUAUCUCGAGUGCAGUAAAGCCCCUGGAUGUGGAGAACUGCAGUUCCAGACUGACAGGUGGAGCUUGCAAAUAAAGAAAUUAGGGAUACAAACUCCCAAAGACUUCCCACGUGUAUUGCGAAUCUACUACGAAACAAAGCCGGAGGGUGGUUCGGUUCGGUGGACCAAAGACCAAAGUGACAGGCCAUGUGUAUAUACAUCAGGAUCUCCAAUCAACAACAGAGCAUUAUUUCCUUGUCAAGAGCCCCCUGAAGCAAUGGCAACGUGGCAGGCCUCCGUUUGGGCCCCAAAAGGAUCUUUGGUUCUAAUGAGCGGUGAAAAUUGUGCUGAACCUAAAUAUAAUGGAGCACUCUCAAAUUGGUUUUAUUAUGUGACCAUGCCUAUGCCAGCAUCUACUUUUACCAUUGCAGUUGGAUACUGGGUUGAAGUUGUAGCUGAAUGCAGCUUUAGAUCCCAGACACUUAAUUCAUCAUCAUCAUCUUCAUCUUCAAACUAUACAAAUAAAAGCAGUGUUUCCCUGCUAUUCUGUGGUCAUCCAGCUUAUCCAUGCCGUUUUCAAAAUUUUAUUGCUCAAGCCCAGAACUGUAUUCCUUACCGUGUCUUUGCACCUGAAUACCUGAAAUUAAGGAGCCAAGAAGUUCUACUCCCACUCGUGGCUCAGUGCCUUUCAGCAGCUCAUUGUGUGCUGGGCACUCACCCUUUCUCCAGGGUUGAUGUGUUGAUAGUUCCUGCUAGCUUUUCAAGUCUGGGAAUGGCUAGUCCACACAUCAUCUUCCUAUCACAGUCUGUACUGUCUGGAAAACAAAAUCUCUGUGGAAUUCGACUAUGCCAUGAGAUAGCUCAUGCCUGGUUUGGAUUGGCUAUUGGUGCUCGUGAUUGGACUGAAGAAUGGAUAAGUGAAGGUUUUGCUACGUAUUUAGAGGAUGUGUUUUGGGCGAAUGUACAAAAGCUCUCAGAGGAAGCAGCUAAAGAACAGCACCAACUGAAGUCCCUGCUGCGAUGGCGAAGGCUCCGAGAUGAAAUUUCGAACUCUGAAGAAGAAUUACAAGUGCUGAGACCUAACAAACAGAAUACUGGUGCAGUGAGUGACUCUGGGUCCACAAUUGUCAAACAUGGUCUAAAUGUAGGAAAAAGUUUUAUGCAAGUCCAUUAUCUAAAGGGUUAUUUUGUUCUUCAUUAUCUUGAGAACAGAGUUGGACAAAAAGCAUUCCUGAAGUUUUUCAGGCUGUUUGUGGAGAGAUUUCAUGGACAACUGAUACUUUCUCAGGAUUUCCUGCACAUGUUUAUGGAGAACUUUUCAGAACUAAGAAGUCAGGGGUUGUCCAUGGAAGUUAUUUUUGAAAACUGGCUGGAUGUGGCUGGAAUACCAAAGCCUCUUUUGGAUGAAACACUGAAGUGGACAAAAAACCGACUGGUCUGUGAAGUACAGAGUGAGGUUACAAAAUGGAUCAAGAUCAAUAAAAAAGAUCGAAAAGGCUCCUGUAAAAGAAAACGGAGCCAGAAGGAUGAGGUGACAUUCAAAGAACUUUUGCCAGACCAGCUGGUAUUGCUCCUAGAAUUGCUGUUGGAAGUAAAAUCCUUUUCUUUCCGAACACUGCAGUUGCUCCAGAAGCAUUAUUGCCUCCGGGAGCAGGAUGCAGAGGUACGCCAUCGCUGGUACGAGCUGGUCAUUAAACAUAAACACACAGUUGCAUACGGGGACUUGAUAAAUUUUUUGGAGCAGCAUCAGGCGAUGGGCGUGUAUCUCUAUGGGGAGUUGAUGGUUAAUGAAGAUGCCAAACAGCAACAUCUGGUUCACAGGUGCUUCACCAAGCUUCAAGAAGAGAUGGACCCAUCCUUACAGAAAGUGAUUGCUGAAAUGAUACUCUGACCAAGCUUAUCCAGAACUGAAAAUCAUGUCCGAGCAGGAGUCUUAGCAUUGGAAACCUACCAGCAAUUUCUGCUGCGUGAACUUCUUUCUAUUGCAAGCUUUAAUAGCUAUCAAUGUGAGAAGAUCUUCAUUUUUUUCCUCUUAUGGGUUCUGUUUGAAGACUUUGCUUAUGUUCUGCAUGCUGAUGUACAUCACUGUCUCUGCAGACAUUUAAAAUUUAGAUAUUGUUGCCGACAUCUUUUAGUCAUAGGUUUGAGAUAUCUAACUCUACAUUUAAAUGUUUCUAAUGAAUUUUAGUAAUAUGUUAUGCAAAAUUGACAGUUACCACUAUUUAAUCUACGACCAGGACUAAUUAAAGUAAAACAGACUGCAGAUGAAAUCACACCUCAAAUAUUCUGGAUUGUUCAGUAAUGUGUAAAACAUACAUAUCUUAUUGUUUGUUUAAUCGUCUUAAUAUAAGCUCAUCAAUUUUGAGCGGUGUAGCUAAAGUUUCAUUCUUUUAGGUAAUUAUACAGCAAACUGUGUUUUAUAUUGGAUCUAAGUUAGGUUAAAUGUUAUGUCAAAUGUGUUGCUUUUUUAAUCUCGUCACUUAUACUUUACCUCAACGUUAUGAAUCCCCUUUAUGUAUUGAACAGUUCUUGUUUAAAUUAUAGAUCAAAGUAAUGUGAUAUUAACAAAUUCUGUCAAACCCAUAGUUGGAACAUUCCAAUCCAUGAAUGAGCUUCAACAUUUUACAUAAUUAUUGCUCAUAAUUCAGAUCACUUUAAGAAUAAAGAAGUUGAGGUAGCAGGAAAGAUUGAUUUAAGUUUAUAUCAUUUAUUCCAGACACACACACUUUCCAUUUUUUCUUACUGUUAGUUGAGAUUUAAAUGUCUCACUAAACUAGUGAUGGGUUGUAACAUUUAAUUGUUUGUAAGCUGUGGAUUUCUUAUGGAGGAAAGAGAGUGGACCGUAAAUGGAGGAAAAUCUGGUCACAAUGCCAGUGCUGGUUCUAUCAAUGAGAACUACAGCAGUGCACCCUUUAGAAGAGUAAUGUUUCUCUGAAAGCAAAUUAUAGAUAUCUGUGGUUAACUAUAUAUGUGUAAAUGAGAGAAGCUUCUAUCUAGUUUACCUGCCAUAAUGUUGAGCAUUGCUAUUUUCAGCCUUCCACUUAUGGCAAAGUCAGGUCCAUGUAUUUAGAGGCAGGAGAUGGCAUUGACAUAUCUUUGCUGGUCUCGUUAUCUAGAGACCCAGUAAUUGAUUUAACGUAUUAUUGUCACAUGUACCAAAAUACAGUGAAAAGUAUUGUUUUGUGUGAAUAACCAGACAAAUCAUACCUUACGUAAGUACAUCAGAAUAAUAGAGCAGGAUGUAGAGUAUAGUGUUACAGCUGCAGAGAAGCUACAGAGAAAGAUCACCUCUCAUAUUUGAGAGAUCCAUUGAUAAGUUUGAUAACACUGGGGAAGAAGCUGUUCUUAAAUGUUCUGGGCAUGGGAGUUUCAAUCUGCCAAGGCAUGCAGAAUUCGAAUUAAGCUUUUAAAAAUCUGGAAUUAAAAAUCUAUUGAUAACCAUGAAAACAUUGCUGAUUAUCAUAAAAACUCUUAAGGUUGUCUCUUAAAUAUCUUCUGCACUGGUCCACUCUGUUGUAUCUUUUGAGACAAGGAAGUCUCAAAAAAGACCACAUUCCACCCGCCCUGGCUGAUGGAUUAGAUCCCCUCCAUAUUGAGCACUACUUGGACAAAGUACCAAGAAUAGCAAGGGUGCAGAAUGUGCUCUGGCUGUGAGACUUCAAUGUCCCUCACCAAGAGUGGCUGUCCAGAUUGAGUCCAUAGCAGGUGGUAAAGGAAUCAAGAAAUGGGAAAAAUAUUCCUGAUAUCACCCUCACCAAUCUGUCUGCAGCAGAUGCAUCUAACCAUAACACUGUCAGUGAGAGAGAUCACUGGACAGUCCUUGUGGGGACAAAGUCCCAUCUUCACAUAGUACUCUCAAAAUCUGACCUCUAAUGGAUCUAGCAACUCAUGACUGGACAUCCAUGAAUCAUUGUAGGCCAUCAUUAGCAGCAGAAUUGCAUUUCAACACGAUCUGCAAUUGCAACUUACAGUCUCAUGAUCAUCAAUCCAGGGAUAAACCCUGGACUGCUUACACGCCAGAUAACAUAAGCACAAAGUGAUAAACAGAGAUCAGUGAUUCCACAACCAGUGGAUCAAGUCUAAGCUCUGCAUUUUGUCACAUAUAGUUAUGAAUGGUAGUGGGCAAUUAAAGAACUCGCUGGAAGAGGAGACUACAUAGAUAUCCUCAUCCUUAAUAAUGGGAGAGCCAAGCACAGCAGUUCAAAAGAAAAGAUUGAAGUAUUUGUAACAAUCUUCUAGUAUCCUAAAUGCAGUCGCCCAUUAUAUUAUUGAGACCAAAUUCAAACUGGGUGACUGUUGCCUGUCUCUGCGAGACAACAGUGUAUGCAUUGAUGAUGAUACAGCAGAGACACUUAAAGCUCUGUAAAACUUAAUUAAUUUAUUAAAUGCUUGGGUAAAUGAUAAAUAAUGCCUUUAACUACUAAAGUUUCUCAACCAAUUCACUUUAUAAUCCUGGGUCAUUAUUACCAGGAGAGUUGGCAGCUGGCCACUCUAGAACGCUUGGCGGCAUCAACACACCUGCUGAUUAGGUAUUUCUUUGCAGUUGUAAAUCUCAGUUGCUGCUAAAAUUGGGGUUUUUCUGGGCUGCUGCUAAUAUAGUUCCGACCUGCUAAGUUGGCAUUCCAAUUUCCUUAUUUGGAAUUUGUCCAAACCCAAAUUGUUUGACCAUAUGUAGCUAGCAAUUGUUAAAUUCCUUUAGUUUCUGCAAAUCCUUCUCCUUUAUGGCCAUAAUGUAGCUCCUGAUUGGUCUUGAUAGCAGCUGGAAUGUCAUUUUGUUCAUUUUUCCUAUGUGCAGCUGAAACUUGGGUGCAGUAACCUAUUUACCUUAGAGAACCUUUCUACAAUAGUUCUGAUUUCUGCAAUGUCUUCUGUCUUGCAGCUAACUUGUUCCAGUCCACUGUAAAUUCUCAUAUUGAUUCCCAUAUCUUUGCCCUUAUCCAACAUCUCCCCCCUUUUAAUCCAAGGAUUUGUCUGGAGAACCAGGUCAGCUCUAUUCUCCAGGGCAUUUCUAGGCAGUGGUGAGUGUUAACUCCUUACAGUAAUUUAUUCUCAGCAAAGCAUGGCCUCAUUUGUGUUAUUUAAUGAUGCCAUUUAAAUUGUUGUACUUAUUAUCAAAGUCACUAAUCAUUUUAUGAUGUCUUACUCAUUUACCUUUUGUUCUGUGGCAUGUACAUUCUUAUACACUUUCCACCUCUUACAAAAUAAGCAUAAUAUCAAUGUAAAUGGUAAUGAGCAAAAAGGCAGGAAUUCUAUGAACUGGCUUUUUCUAAGGUAUUCUUACCCUACAAUAAACAGCCAUUACAAACCCUUUCCCAUACAAGCUAUCUUUUGGUAUCUGAGACCAAUUCCUGUUGUCAGUCUCCUCUAGUUCUUAUCAUGCCGUUUUAACAAACACAAUCAGACUAUUACAACAACAAGUAUAACAGAUUGCAUUAUAACAACAUGAGAUAGAAUCCUGAUACUCAAGUGAACCUGGGUUUACCAUCCCCAAUUCCCAACUUUACUCCAAAAAUUUGGAGCCUGCAAGUCUCUAUCCACCUCCUCUGUUUGAUUUUUGAUCUCCUUCGUGUAAUUAGCCCAAUUGUGGAUAACUUCCUUUGCCUUGAGAAUGAUCUUCACCUCGUCUGAAAUGUGGAAUAGGUGGCAUUUCAGCAGCUAUAAACCACCAUACAUCCUUGUCUGUAUAAUUUGAGCGGAUGGAUAGAGUUGUGUGCAGUUCCUAAUCAGGUUCUAGCUUAGACAGGACUUAAUGACUAAUGGUUAUGUCAGAGAAAAUAUUGCUGAUAUUCCCCCUAUUUACAGCACACCAUGUCCAUCCCUGAGGCUGCCAUGGUGACAUAGUA